AGCACGGUUAUUCCAACAAUGGGAAGGGUGUCGGCCGGGAAUUUGUUCCCGUGUCCGUUUUCUACAAUAGACCUGGUUGGGGACCUGAACACCGACAACUCAGGUUGUCACUGGGUAUUUCCCUCGCUGCUAAACGAGUAAAAUUGAGCUUGGAAAUCCCCCGGCUCUGUGCUGUACCAGAGGCUGAUGUAACUGCUUGUAAUUUCUGUGCUGGAAUAUUUCAGUGAGGUGCAAAGUCAACCUUUACUCUGCUUCUGUCAGCUCUUGUGCCCAGAGUCUGUGUGUAUUCUGUCGCCGUUGGAGUGGCUGUGGGGAUCCCUGCUUUACCUGCACAUUCUCUGAGGUUUAAGGACUGCCGGUGUGCUGACGGAGACUGGUCCCUGAGUGUUUCCUGCCUCUCUCUCCGUGGUCCCUCCCUGCGUACUCUCCCUCGACCCCUGCGUACUCUCUUUCCCUCUGUAUUCUCUGUGUGUGGGGGCCUUCGGUCACUCUCUGAAGAAUCUCUCUCUCUGUUUAAGGACUCUUUGCCUCUCUCUCUCUCUCCCUCUCUCUUUGUCUCUCCUCUCUUUUCCUCCUCUCUCCCUUCUCUCUCUCCUCUCCCUCCUUCUCUGCCUCCCUCUUUCUCUCUCUCCCAUCUCUCCUCCCUCUUUUUCUCUCUCUCUCUCUCCUUUCUCUCUGUGAGGACUCUCUCUCCUGUGUUUGACAACUCUCACUCUCUCUCUGUAAUAACUCUGUGCCUGAGAAUUCCCUUCCUCCCUCCCUCUCACUGAGGAGAACUCUCUCCGGGUCCCCCCACCGAGCCUCCUUGCCCUAAGCUGAAGGCUCUCUCUCUCCCCCGACCCUGCCCCUCUCAGCGAUGGACCCCUUCCCCUGGACUCUGCUCGGCUACCUCCUCCUCAGCCUCCAGGUGACUGUUCUAGGUGUUCGUCUCUCAGGAAAUACAGGAGUCCAGCAGUGUGAGCGGAUCCUGCAACGUGAACUCCCCAAGGAUAUCUACAAAAUUCUGAAAAGUUACAGGUUGAUACCAAGCAUUGGACACCAUCCAGAAUAUGUGGAGUUCACGACCACCAAAGGGUGGACAUUAUGUGUGAAUCCACGCAUGGCGCAGUCAAUGAAGGAAUAUGUCGAUUCCAGCACCAGAGGUUUCGCGAAGCAGAGGGCGAUGCCCAGAGCUCCCAGCUCAGCGCUACCCAAUGCAGCACCAACUGGUCCGGUGGGAGAGGAAGGAACUGCCACCCCCAGUCCGUCCACCACACUGUUCCCCGGGUUGGAGGAACAGGACCCUGGCAUUGGUCUUUCAACCUUUACUUUCCUUCGGUCAAUGGUGACUGGACCUCCUGAAGAGGAAGGAACAUCAGCCAUUGGUCCAUCUGCCAAGCCCCUCCCUGGGCUGCAAGAACAAGAAAUUGGCACUGGUCAGCCAACUCAACCUUCCCACCAGCAGUCAGCGGCCAGGACCCACGAAGAUGAGGGAGCACCGACCUCCAGUCUGCCCAUCACACCGUUCCCUGGGCUGAAAGAUCAGAACCCUGGCAUUGGUCCAUCAACUUUCCCUUUCCCUCGGUCAAUGCUGACUGGACCUCCUGAAGAGGAGGGAACACUAGCCAUUGGUCCAUCUGCCAAGCCCUUCCCUGGGCUGCAAGAACAAGACAUUGGCACUGGUCGGCCAACCCAACCUUCCCACCAGCAGGCAGCGGCCAGGACCCAUGAAGAUGAGGGAGCACCGACCUCCGGUCCACCCACCACACUGUCCCCUGGGCCGCCGGAACAAAUGGGGGAGCCGUCACUCCAGGUCAACACCCAGGGCCAACCGGUGACCCGCGGAGAUGUCCCAACUGGGCAAGAGCCGACAGAAACUGGCAGGGCGAGGUACACGGGUGCCCCGGUAAACCAUCCGGACGGGAGCGAGGCGGAUAAAGGCAGGACCACUGCACGCGUCCCCAGUCCAGGGACCACGAGGAGAGGCGGGGGUCCAAGAUCAGGGGAAGGGGUCUUGUUCGGAAUCACUCCCGACCCCGGAUCUUCCCAGAAGCGUCACGGAGGCGCAGGAGAUGGAGGUGGAAAUAAGUCAGGUCUUCAUGUGUUCCUGGGAAUUCUAGGAGUCCUGACCUUUCUGAUCAUCCUCGGAAUGAUUGCCCACAAAAACUGCAAGCGUACAAGAGUGCUGCAAGCUGCCCAGAUCAGACUGAUCCGUUACUCCAGGAUUAUCGGCAGUGGCGAUGAGAUCGUUUGAGAAGGGAGGUGGGCUGCGCAGUGAAGAGGGAAGAUUGAUCGACAUCUGUCAAUACGUCCAAGCCAACCAUCAUCCCUCCAACCUCCACUUGCCGAUUAAGACGCCAACUGCAAAAUCCCUUGCUCAGGAUUCGGAGUGGAGAAAUCCAGGAAGGACAUUGGCACUGUUGGAGAGAGUCCACUGAAUACUGCAGAUUCUUUAAUCCCUUCCAUUCUCCCAGAAGAUGUAACACCUCAGUAUCUCUCUGGGUCACAACCUCAUCCUCUCCUGGUGACGUGGUCCAUUUACAAAAUGUCCCCCCACCCCGACCCGGGACCAUGGGGGAAGGAGGCAAUGGGAGAGCACUUCAGGUCUGAGAACCAUCUCCCCAACUUGCUCCAAAGUUGACCCCCACGUCCCCAACCGCCUCUUGCACUGCUGCUCUUCCGCUGUGGAGAUCGAGGAGGGAUGUGGUGUUGAAGCUGAGGUUGGACCGGCCAACAGAGACCAGAGCCAACUUCCUGAUGCUUCCAUGGCCGCGAUUAAUCCCACAGGAGGACCUUCGGAUUCUCUGGCGGAUCGACGUUAGGGGCCGCUCCUCCGAGACACUCCAGGGACUCGCACCCCCCCUCCCUCACCCCCCCGCCCAGGCUCCCUGAGGAGGUCCACGCCCGUCUGGCAUGAGGGAACACGGCACAGCAAGAUCCCAUCGUCCAGAGAAUCUGCUCUUUGAGUUCAGUGCGGAUGGGGUGCAGAGGGGAGGGGGGGAAACAUAUUGGCACCACUCUCUUCGUACACACAUCCCCGUGACCCCCAGGGUGAACCCCACCCACACAAGAUCCACAGGGUCAAUGGGAUCUUGUAUGUAUGACUGAGAGUGCGGAUGGGGGCACAGGGUUGGUGGUGUUCUUGGGAUAAGGGGAGAGGCAGAAACACGCUUGGACCCUUGAAGUGAAGUAUUAUUUUACUACAAAUCACCAAACACCAACUGUUCCUGCUGCCUGAGCAUGGGGUUGCUGCUUGAUGGUGCCUGUUGUAACUAUUUCCUGAUGGGACCUUCCAAAUGCUGAUUUAUUUUGGAACUUAACAACUACUGAUUUACUUUUGAUUAAUUUAUGCUUGUUUGUAUUUUAAUUAAAGUGGUGAUUUUGGUGAUC